AUGUCACUGUUUGUGAUUAACAGGUACCUCGGAGAUGAGGUGGAUUCAUCUGAAGAUCGCUCCAAAGCUUUGCUGGAAAAGCUACACCAACAAGUCAGGAAUCGGCAAUUAGAAUUUCAGGAUAAAAAGAAAGGAGUAAAUGAAGGUAUUAGGUCCAGCAAUGAAGAGGAAGAAGAUGACACUAAGACCAGGAACCACAAAGAGGAACCUGAAUCAAAGAGAAAAGGGAAAAAGCGAAAGAAAAGUCUCCCUGACAUAACAGCUGAGCUGAAAAAAUCCAGCGAUGAUGUUGAACUGAAAGAAUCGAUAGAGACUGAGGAAGUAAAGGUGAAAAAGCAGCGCAAAAAGAAAAUUCCCAAAGUUUCUGUUACCCCAGGAGAACGAAAAGAAGAUGCAAAGGUGGAAGAGAGAAGUUCCGCUCAUAAAAGCUCCUCAGGUCCAAACUCUCUCCUGCUAGGUGGCUUUGAGGCUAAACCUGUUCUGAAGGUGAUGCCAGUUCUGCCACAGUGGCUGGCAAAACCUUCUCUUGUUCACAGGGAAAUCAAGCAGAACCUGGUUUCCAUUCAUGAUGUCCCUGGUUUGCAUCGCAGGCUUGCAAAUAAACUGGAAGCCAACAAAAUGAACUCCUUUUUUCCUGUUCAAGCUGAGGUUAUCCCAGCUAUCCUGGAGAGCUGCACUCAUGGAUUUCUUCUGGGACAAGGAGGAUAUCGCCCCAGUGACAUUUGUGUGUCUGCACCCACUGGCAGUGGAAAAACUCUGGCUUUUGUCCUUCCCAUAGUACAGGCUUUACUGCAGCGUGUUGUAUGUGAGGUUCGUGCUCUUGUCGUGUUACCCACCAAGGAGUUGGCACAGCAGGUGUGCAAGGUGUUUAACAUUUACGUGGAUGGUAGUGGACUCAAAGUUGUCUUGGUAGCCGGUCAUAAAUCAUUUGCUAAGGAGCAGGAGUCUUUGGUAGUUAGAAAGUUGUCUGGGUCUUGCAGUCUGGCUGACAUCCUUGUGUGCACACCAGGAAGGCUUGUUGAUCACAUUCAGCAGACAGAGGGAUUCACUCUCAGGCAUCUGCGCUUCUUGGUUAUUGAUGAAGCAGAUCGUAUGAUUGAUUCUAUGAAUCAGGACUGGCUACCUCAUGUUACUAAGGCAGUGUUUAAAGUGCAUUCAGAUGCUCAUUCAAUGCUUUUUGCCAGAAAGGAUCAUGCAGUGGUCACCGUCGCCAAUUCUAGCCAGUAUCAGAUCCCCUUGCAGAAACUGCUCUUCUCUGCCACUUUGACUCACAAUCCCGAGAAGCUUCAACAGCUAGGCCUGUACCAGCCUCGUCUAUUCUCUUCCAUCCACAAACAGCCUCAAAAGAAGACUGCUGAGAACCCAGAAGAGCCUCUUUCUUCUGGAAACUUCUCACUUCCGGAGGGCCUAACGCAUUAUUACAUUCCCUGUAAUCUAAACUCCAAGCCUCUUAUACUCCUACACUUUUUGCUCACUCUGCGCUUCUCCCGUGUCCUCUGCUUCGCCAACUCCAGAGAGUCUUCCCACCGCCUCUUCCUUCUUGUAAAGCUGUUUGGAGGGACUACAGUGGCUGAAUUCUCUUCUCGCCUCAGCCCUGGGGAAAGGAAGAAGACCCUGAAGGAGUUUGAGCAGGGAAAGCUACAGCUGUUAAUAAGUACAGAUGCUACAGCCAGAGGAAUAGACAUUAAAGGAGUGAAGUGUGUAAUAAACUUUGACGCUCCCCAGUUCAUCAGAACCUACAUUCACAGAGUGGGCAGGACGGCUCGUGCAGGAAAGGCGGGUCUGGCAUUCACAAUGCUUCUGAAAAUCCAGGUAUGCUUUUCUGUUUCAAUAAUAUGCCAAUAA